AUGAGCACUAUAUUUUCCGAGUCGCUUUCCAAGAAAGCCGCCCAUGAAUCGGUGUCCUCUAUCAACGCUUCAGACUCCUCGGACCACAUCGCACCUUUGGGAGAGCCAGGUGAAGAGCGUCGCUUUUGGUUCCAGCGAGCGAAAAGCUAUGAUCCUCAUGCAAUCGCCACUCAGCCAUCAGUCUACGACAAUCCAGAUACCGCCAAGGAGUACCAGCCUGAAGCUGAAUGGGAAAACCUUCACCGAUUUGAUCCCUCUGCAAGAUGGACAUGGGCUGAAGAAUACAGUCUUGUGCGAAAAAUUGAUAUGCGCAUCAUGAUUUUUGCUUGCGUCAUGUUCAUGGCUCUCGAGUUGGAUCGUAGUAAUCUUCAACAGGCUCUGACGGAUAAUUUCUUGGUGGACUUGGGCAUGAACACAAACGACUAUAACCUUGGAAACACCGUGUUCCGACUGUCGUUCCUUUGCGCCGAGCUGCCUUCUCAACUUGUCAGUAAGUGGGCCGGCCCAGACCGAUGGAUCCCGACGCAGAUGGUGUUAUGGUCAGCGGUAGCCAUGGGACAGUACGGACUCAAGGGCAAGACCUCUUUCUUAGUGUGCCGAGCUCUGCUUGGGAUCUUGCAGGGCGGAUUCAUUCCAGAUGUGAUCCUCUAUCUGUCUUAUUUCUACAAAGCUCACGAACUAUCUAUCCGUCUGGGCUUCUUUUGGACAGCUAUGAAUGUUGCCGAUAUCAUUGCCAGUUUCCUGGCUUUUGGCUUAUUACAUCUCCGCGGGGUUGAAGGCCAGGCGGGUUGGCGUUGGCUCUUCCUUAUCGAGGGUAUUAUCACUCUUAUCUUUGGUCUUGCUGCAUAUGUUUUGAUGCCCCCAGGGCCCUGUCAAACGGCCAAUUGGUCUCGCGGCAAGUCAGGCUGGUUCACUCCAGGCGAAGAAACGAUCCUCGUAAACCGAGUCAUUCGAGACGAUCCCAGCAAAGGAACCAUGCACAAUCGGGAACCCAUUACACCAAAACUGCUCUGGAAGAGUCUUUGUGAUUUCGACCUUUGGCCUCUUUAUAUUAUUGGUCUUACUUUCGAGACGCCCAUGACAACACCAAAGCAAUAUCUAACACUGACCCUGAAAAGCAUGGGAUUCGGCACAUUUGUUACCAAUCUUUUGACGAUCCCAAGCACGGUAAUUUCAUGUAUCACGAUGCUCAGCCUCACCUACAUUUCCGAGGUUGUUGGUGAAUUGAGUCUAGUAGCAAUCUUCGGACAGAUCUGGGUACUUCCUUUCGUGAUAUACCUGUACAUUGUGGAUGUCAACACCGCAAACAGAUGGUCCGUCUGGGCUGUUAUGACACUGCUUCUCGGUUUCCCAAACGCACAUGCAAUGCAAGUCGGCUGGAACUCUCGCAACUCGAACACUGUCCGAUCCCGAACAGUCUCGGCUGCCAUGUAUAACAUGUCUGUGCAGGCUUCGUCUAUUAUUGCCUCAAAUAUCUACCGAGCUGACGAUGCCCCCCUCUAUAAACGAGGAAAUCGCGUGCUCGUUGGCUUGGUGGUUUCUAAUAUAUUCAUCUACCUCGGCGCCAAGGCUUAUUAUGUAUGGCGCAACUCAAGUCGCGAUAAGAAGUGGAAUGCCAUGACCGAUGAGCAAAAGGCCCACUACUUGGCGAACACUAAGGAUGAAGGCAGUGGACGCUUAGAUUUCCGCUUUGCGCAUUAG